AUGGAAAAAAGAAAGGUCAGUUACAAGUUCUCUAGAAUACCACGAAAUCCCAUAGAGCAGCCAGUUCCCAUGGAUCUCUCAGGAGAAAUAACCAAGCUUUUCGAAACCAAGAGAAAGAAGAAAAAAAGAAUUUCAGAAUAUAUGUGUGAGUCUAUUCGGAAAACAAGAUUAAAAUCUAGCAAGUCAUUGGAGGAUGCAUCAUAUCCUAUGGUACCAUCUAAACCAAUUACAGUAAGUGAUUUCCGUAAGUUCGGGGAAAAUUAUCCCAUUUCUGAAAUGUCGCGAUUUGAAGAAAAAUGCAUCGAAUACAAAAUAGCCGGAAGAGGACUCCAGAAGCAAUAUCCUCAACUACUAGCUGAUAUGAUGAAGGAAACUAAGCAAGAGUACGUCAAACUAAUGCACUGUACAGCUAUGAACCUCAGGAUCAGAUCUUGCUACCCUGAAGUCCUCUUCACCAUAGAGCCUUACAAGUUCAUAGGCAAAACCGACCGUUAUGAUGAUUUCUUGCGAACCAGAAAAAGUUUACAAAAUAAAUGGAUACUACACUACCCUGUACUACGGAAAAUUCAUAAGGAGUGUGUGGUCAACCUUCCAUACGAACUUUUUCAGAUCAGUUUCACCAAAGUCAAUAGUCUCUCUGAGCUAGAGUACCUUUUCAAAGACAAAUCACAAAGAGCAUCGCAAUUCAUCUACGAAUUCUACCUGAAUAUAAUCUCGAUAGUAGAUAAAGAAGAAACCAAACAUAAAGAUAAAUAUCCCUCCAGAAGCUACCUAGCGGCUAGUACAGGCUUACUAUCCCUACAUAUCAGUAGAAGCAUAGCUCAUACCCUCCUGAAAAUAGUAAGAGUAACAUCUGCUGAUGAUACAAAGCCAUAUCUCAAGCUGGAAGUAUUUUUUGAGAAGCAGUUGCUGCUAUCUCCUGAUGCCAGUGAAGUAAUAGAAGCAUACCAUAAUUUCAUGGACAGAAUUAUUGAUAUUGGCAAAGAAGUCUAUGUACUAGAAAGGAAUAAAAUACGGGGAUAUGAGAACAAGUUUAUCAAUCUUUGCCUAACAGACGAUUUCAUAUCACAAUGUAAAGACAAAAUCAAGCGAAAUAUCAACAAACACUAUGAACCAGUACUGGCCUACAUAGAAGAUUUGAACUCUAAAUUCUUAGUUAUAUAUGCAGACAUUGACUCCCAGUUGUUUUACGACUCAAUAGCAGACAUCCGAUUCGAAGCUGGUUGCACUAAGAUCAAUUACUACAGAAACUAUCUGCAUAAAGUAAUGUUCAUACCAGAUCAUGAGUUUGUCCGUAUAGGCAAAAUGUUCCUGGAUAGCUAUAGGGAAACAUUACACAAAGGUUUGGGCAAGAACAUCAGCAGCAUCUUCCAAAUUCUGUGUGAUCAACACUACCGGGAGGUUAGUGAUCUUUGUAAGACUUUCAGCACAAUCCAAGAAAGAGCUACUGAUACCCCAAGGACUACCGAGGAACUUAUAGAAACUGGAAAAUUCAUGACUUGGAUCAAGAACGAGAAUCUUCCAGAACUCAAUGCCAGGGUUCACAAUUCUUUGUUGUCACUUUGUCAGAUCAUCGACCUGGGUAUCCUGACUGAGGAUCACAUGAGGCUUAAUGCUAGAGCUAUCAAAUGGUUGGAUGAUAUUCUUCCAAUUUUGGAGAAUCACUCUUCCACUUUCGAGGGACUGAAAUUUGAUGCGGAGGAGAAGCUACAAAAAGUUGUGGAAGAUGUUAAUGAUAUGAUCAAAGAUGUGUAUCCGGUGCUCGUAGUUUUGGACGAGAUGGACGACAUAGGUAGAACAAGGGUAUAUCUGAAUGAGAUUUCUCUUCAUAUGAUCAAGAUCAAGGAGAUUGAGGCACAAAUUGCGUGGAUAAAUAAAGAGGAGUACGAAGACCUGAAGAACCACGUGCACCCCUUCUACCAUCUCAUGAAACUUUGUCUGGACGUCCAAAGGAACGUCUCCGUAUGGCAAGACGGUCCCUUCGAGAUGCUGAACUACGAAUCCACGAGAACCACCGUCGAUAAAUACCACGAAGAACUCACGGAACUUCACAAAGUAUACAGGAAAAAGCUGCGCCAGGCACAAGACGAAAACAUCCCCCUAAGAUUCAAAGGCACUGUAGACGACCCAGAUAUCCUGAACUGGCCUGCUCCGCUGAAGCUAUGCGGCACCGCUCUGAAGCUCAUGGAAGACUUCAAACCGGCAGUCGACGUCAUGAAGAUAAUCUGUAAUCCGAACUUGAAGAAGCGACACUGGAUGGCCAUUUCUGAAAUCGCCAAAGAGGAUGUGACCCCAAAUGCCGGUACCACAUUGAGAAAAAUAAUGAAGAUCGAUUUUCAAUCCAGUCUCAGAGAGUACGAGAUAAUCAGUACCGGUGCUAGUAAAGAAAAACAACUGAUAGAUCACCUCGAGGAAAUCGAAGACCAGUGGAAACGUAUUCAAUUCACUGUGAUCGAUGAACCAAAAACUGGAGAAAUUAAAAUUUUGUCACACCUGGAAGACAUAGAUGACAUUGUGAAUGAUCAUACCAUAAAAUUAGCAACCAUGAGGAGUUCGGUAUUCGUGAAACCGCAUGAAAAAGAAGUCAUGAGGUUCUAUACCAAGAUACUAAAUAUCAAAUCCACUAUCGAAGCUUGGGGUAAGGUGCAGAAGGAUAUAUUGAAGCUACUACCAAUAUUCCGAAAUGAACGUAUGACGAUCAUAGCCCCAAAAGAAACAGCAUUGUUCUCGCAGACAUCCAAGGUAUAUGGAUAUUUUAUAGGAAUGAUUAGCCACGAUUCAAGAAUAAUGAAAAUCGUUGAAACAACAGAUAUAACAAAAGCAAUUGAAGCCUGUUCAAGCGACCUGGAAGUAAUCGACAAAGGCAUUAUCUCUUACUUGAAUCUUACAAGGCUAUCAUUUCCGAGACUGUAUUUCCUAUCAAACGUAGAACUAUUGGAAGUUGUGUCGGAUCCAAAGCAUGCUUUGAAGUCAGGAAAGUUUUUAAUUAAAUUAUUCCCUGGGAUUCACAGUCUGAAUACAAACAAUACUUAUAUCCUUGGAAUUUCUAACUCGCAAUCAGAAAAACUAGAAUUUGCGUGCCCCAUUAGCAAACUGAAAGAUAACAAAGUGGAAACGCUGUGUUCUCAACUAGAAGAACAAAUGAGGGCGAGUCUCAAGUCCCAGAUGGGCAAUUGUUUCAAAACAUUCAAAAGGACUGACCUGAAAAACAAACUUCCGCUUUAUUGCGAGCAAAUACUACGAGUCGUAUCACAAAUAUUUUGGACUGAUAAUAUGGAAGGUGCUCUGAGUCUCACUCAUAAUAUAAAACUCAGAAUCUACUACCAACAGUUGAUGAACAAUAUGGAUGACAAAAUAAAAAUGCUCACUGAUGAUUUAACCAACAGUGAGAGAAAAAAACUCAGAAGCCUAAUAGUAGAUGACAUAAAUAACAAGGCUCUGCUAAAAAACAUUCUAGAUUCGAAUAACAUCGAUCCAACUAAUUUUGAAUGGAAAUCACAUUUCAAAUAUCAUUACAGAAAUUCAAGUUGUCACAUUCACAUAUUGAAUUCUUCCUUACAGUACUUGUUUGAAUAUUUUGGGAACUCUUUCCACCACAUAGCAACACCUCUCACCGACAGAUGUACCAGGAUCCUUAUCAAUGCCUUUUCCAUGCACUACAAUGGUUUGUUGAAAGGUUAUAGUGGAACGGGUAAAUCUCAAACCAUCAAGUGGUUAGUAAGAUCAUUUGGAGGAUUGCUCAUAGUGUUCCAUUGCUCGAAAAACUUGACUUACUCCACAAUUACUAGACUAAUCCUUGGUAGCUUGAUGUGUGGUUCUUGGUUAUGCCUGGACAAUUUUGGUGCCAUUCCACAGGGUGUGCUCUCAGCAAUCAGUCAGGAUUUAUCUAUCAUCCAUAUUGCGAAGAUACGGAAUUUGAAAAGUUGCAAUAUUGGAGGAACUCUCACAGAUCUGAGCCCCACUAGCUUCCUCUGUGCUUGUCUCGAAUCAGAGAGCUAUAAAAGAGAACUGCCCCUCAAUCUCAAAGUAUCAUUCAGGACUAUGACUAAGCUAUCACCGGAACUAGAUAAAAUUGCUGAGGCAUUAUUACUGAGCCAGGGAUUUCAGUCAGCCAUUUCUCUAUCCAGAAGAACCUGCCACGUGCUUAGAUUCAUCGAAGAUAUGAUGCCUUGCUACAAUUUUGGCCUGAACACGCUCACCCAAAUCCUAAAUAAAUGUGACACCUUAAAAAAAGAUGGUGAAGAAAUGGAUGAGGCAUUCACAGUUGCAAAUUGCCUGAAAGAAGUGAUUUUUCCUCAAAUUAAAAUCCAGCAUGAGAAACUCUUCAUCAGUAUCCUCACUGACGUAUUCCCAGAAUUUAACAUAGAGCAAAAAUCGAAAUAUGACUUGGAAAUAAUGGUUAACACAUUACUUAUUGAAAUGAAUGUGCAACCUGAUGAGAAUCUCAUCAAGAAUGUUUUGCAAACAUACGAAAACAUCUGUAGAAGAUCUUGUAUUGUUCUAGUUGGAGAAGCAUUUUCAGGAAAAACAAUAUCUUUGCGGGUAUGUAAGAAAAUUGUUGAAUCCGUAUCGCAACAAACGGUGACACAUCAUAUCAUCAAUCCGAAUUGCUUUGAUUACAAGACUUUUUAUGGAGAAAUAGACAAAUGUACGCAAAAAUGGAGAGACGGCGUUUUCACACAAUUGAUCAGAGACAUUGCGAGCUUAGAACCAUCUGGAAGAACAUGGAUCACUUUGGAUGGAACCAUAAAUCCCACCGAACUUGAGAACAUUAGCCCAAUGCUAAAUGAGGACAACACUUUUUAUUCGGAUUCUGGUGAGAGUUUGAUGCUUGAAGGGUACACUACAACAUUUUUCGAAGUUGAAAACCUGAAUUCUAGUUCUCCUUCAAUUAUAGCACAUUGUGUAGUGAUCUAUUUCCAUGGAUCUACGAAGAUUUGGAAACAUUUGGUCGAAAGCUGGAUAGCUAACUGCAGCUCAGAAUGGAUUAGAGAUUUUCGAAACCAAAUUUUCGACUUAUUCUGUUGGAUCAUACCACCAAGUCUCGAAUUCAUAAGAAUCCAUUGCCAUCAACUGUGUACUUCAACUGAACCGAGUUUGGUAAAUAAUAUGUUGCUACUAACACAAUUCAUAUUGGAUGAAGUGUUUUCAAAUUUGAACAAGAGAGAAGAAGAUGCCAAGAAUUUUCCUACUUGGAUUCAAUCGACAGUUAUACAAGCUGUGGUACUUGGUUUAGGGAGCAUUUUAGAUGCCACAUCUAGGACUAAAUUCGACGAAUUUUUCAAAACGUUAUGGAAAGGAGUCAAUACAGAACAUCCACAUCCAGAAACUUUAGAUAAACUUGAAGUAGCUUUACCUCAAGAAAGUUCACUUUUCGAAUAUCAAUACCUCUAUAGGCAAAGAGGAAAUUGGAAAUUGUAUCAAGACAUUUUAAAAACGGAGAAAAUAGUGGAGAGUCCUUAUAUGAAUGAUUUCCUAGUACCAACAGCUGAUUCACUUAGAACUGCAAUGAUUUUGAAUAUGUUUAUAAAAAAUCAGAAACCCUGCAUAUUGAUAGGUCCAACAGGUACUGGAAAAACUAUCCUUAUCGAACAUAUUUUGAUCAAUACACUGAACAAAAAUCGAUUCGACAUAGCUCAUAUAAACUUCAACCUUGAUCUGGAAUCGAAAACCACUCAGAAGUUUGUUCUUGGUAAACUCAACAAGAGGAAAAACAAUGUGUACAUUCCUCCUACUGGACAAAAUUUCCUCUUAUUCAUAGAUAACUUGAACCAAGUAUCUACUAACGAAUUUGGCGUUUCUAGCAGCACAGAACUUUUACGCCAAUAUUUGGACCACAAGGUAUGGUACGAUUUCAAUUCUGCGAACAGGGUGUACCUAGAAAGCAUCAACAUAGUAUCUGCUAUGGGACUUUUAGGCGGUUGUAACAAGAAAUUGUCGCCCAGAUUCUUGAGGCACUUUGGAAUAUUUGCAAUAAAUGAAUUCACCGAAGAAACGAUCACUAGAAUAUAUUCUAAUAGUCUGUUGCACAUAUGGAAAAAAUCUGGCUUCCCAGGAGAUAUUGCUACAAUUACCAACCAAUUAGCACAAGCUACUCAUAACAUUUAUAAACAAAUACGCAAGUUCUGUAGGCCAACAGUUAGUAGAUGUCACUACUUAUUCAGCCUGAGUAGUAUUUCUAAGAUCACACAAGGUUGCGCUAUGCUGAGGAAGGAGACUUAUGAUGCUAAUAAAAAAAUAUUCCUGAAACUGUGGGUACAUGAAACCUUGAGAGUUUUUGGAGAUCGACUAAAUACUUUAGAUAGUAACUGGUUGUUACAAAAAAUCAAGGAAGGUAUAGUUGGUGAUUUUAAUGAAUCCUUUGAGGACCACUUUGAAAACAAUGGUUGCCCUCUAAAUAAAAUAGUAUUCAGUACCAUAAAUGAUAAAAAUAAUAGUAACAGCAAAAAAUAUGACGAAAACAUAGAUCAUACAUAUUUAUUAGAUUACUUCACUGCCGCUCUCACUGACUAUAAUGAGAAACAUGAGUUCAAACUAGAGAUUGUGAUUUUCCAGAAUGCAUUGGAAAAACUAUUGAAACUUAGCAGGAUACUCUCCUUCUGCCCAGGCAAUGCUCUGAUGAUCGGUCCAUGUGCUUCCGGAAAGCAAAGUCUCACAAAGCUGGCCUGUUUCAUUCAUAAACAAAAGCUUCACCAACCUAUCAUCACUCAAAAAUAUUCUCUCCAAGACUGGAAUGCCGAUGUCAAAACAGUUCUCAAAGAAGUAGGUGCACUGGAGAAUAAAUGCGUAUUUCUGGUAACAGAAGAACAAUUGAUCAGCGACACGUUCCUGCAGAAUAUAGAAAGCUUACUCUUGAAUGGCGAGAUUCCUGGAUUAUACACUGUGGAAGACAAACAACAAAUUCUACAGCUAGCACGAUUGUCAGCUCAAGGUGGAAACAAAAAUUUGGAGAUCAGUUCCUCAUCGGUCUUCCUUCAUUUCAACAAGAAAUGCAAAGAAAAUCUCCACUUGAUACUCUCUCUUUCUGCCACCAGUGAUAAGCUGAGGUACAGGCUCAGAAACUAUCCGGGUAUAUUCAACUGUCACGUGAUAUGCUGGGACGAUUGGUCGAAUGAAUCUUUACAAGAUGUUGCGAAAGUAUGGGUGUCAAGUCUCGAGUUGAAAACGCAAGACGAAGAAAAGGUGAUAGACAUACUUGUAUAUUUCCACAGGGAGUCACAAAACAUUGCAAAACAACUGCUAUCGACAACUAAAUUUCCUGUUCAUGUUACUGCCACUGCAUUCAUCCAUCUGUUGAAAUUGUUCAUAGAACAGGUUAGACGGAAGCGGAAUAAAAUAGAUGAGAAGAAGAAACUUUACCUCCAAGGGUUAGGCAAACUUUCCUAUGCUGCGGAUCAAAUAUCUAGCAUGCAAAAAGCAUUAGCAGAAUAUCAGCCACAGCUAGCUGAGAUGACGCAGAAGGCUGUACAGAUGACAGAACAGAUAGCCCUCGAAACGAUAGAAGUUGAAAAAGCCUCUGCCUUAGUCAGGAAAGAUGAAGAGAUUGCGAGCGAACAAGCCUCGGUGGCGCAGAUUCUCAAAUCAGAAUGCGAGGCGGAGCUAGCACAAGCUAUACCCAUCCUUGAAGACGCCAUAUCAGCUCUGAAUACCUUGAAACCUUCGGAUAUAACUCUAGUCAAGUCUAUGAAGAAUCCACCGGAUGCUAUCAAGUUAGUAAUGGCAGCUGUUUGUGUUAUCAAAGACGUGAAACCUGAUCGGAUACCCGAUCCCAGCACUGGAAGAAAGACGAUAGACUAUUGGGGACCGAGCAAAAGAAUCCUGGGCGACAUGAAUUUCUUGCAAACGCUCAAAGACUUCGAUAAGGAUAAUAUCAAACCUGAAAUCAUGGUCAAGAUUAGGAAGGAAUAUUUACCGCACAAGGAUUUCAAACCACACGUCGUAGCAAAAGCUUCCAGUGCUGCUGAAGGUCUCUGCAAAUGGAUAAUAGCCAUGGAUCUAUACGAUAAAGUUGCUAAGGAAGUAGCUCCAAAAAAGGAGAAAUUGGAAAACUCCGAGAGAGAGUAUGCUGCCACUAUGGCUAUACUGAAUCAGAAGAAAGAAGAGGUCAAGAGAAUCGAGGAGAAAUUAGCUGGUCUCAAGGAACUUUUAGAUGAUGCCACUAGAAAACAGUGGAAGCUGCAAAGGGAAGUAGAUAUUUGCAAUAAGAAGCUAGGGAGUGCUCAAAAACUGAUAGGCAGUCUUGGAGGAGAAAAACUCAGAUGGACAGAAGCUGUGGAAAGCCUAGGGCUGCAAGAAAAACUGUUGUGUGGCAAUGUUCUAGUCUCCAGUGCCAUCGUGGCAUAUUUGGGACCUUUCGGGGGCACUUUGAGGCAUACCAUAAUUGAAAAAUGGCAUCAGUUUAUCAAUGAACUGCUUCCUUGCUGUGAAGAAUUCGAUAUAAUCGAGUCUUUCUCAUCCCAGUACAAAAGUGAGCUAUGGCUGAAAAAAGGCUUACCCAACGAUGAAUUAUUUUUACAAAAUGGAGUCAUUCAUGAUUGUUCCAGGUUGUUUUGUGUCUUAGUCGACCCUGAAUACCAAGCUGAUGAAUGGAUCAAGAAAAUUGAACGUAGGAAUGAUUUAACCAUAAUGAAGUUAACCCAUGAUGAUUAUUUAGAGAAACUGAAAUAUUGCAUCGAAGUAGGAAAACCGAUUUCAAUACAUAAAAUCAAAAGCGUCCUUCCAACUUGUCUGUAUCAAUUCCUAGCAAAUUAUAUUCAUGUCAACAAUAAUGAUCCCAUGACAAUGUUGAAUGGUAUUCAUAUCAAAAUGAGCCCAAAAUUCAGACUAUACAUGGUGAGCAAUAUAGCAGAUCCAGAAUUUUCACCAGAACUGCAAAGCAAAGUGACAAUAAUCAACUUUGGCAUCACCGAUACUGCUCUGAGUGAUUGUCUUUUGCAAAUUGUAACCGAAAUUGAGAAGCCAGAACUGAAGAAAUUGAGGAAAGAAUUGUACUCUAAGAGAGGUAAGAACAGAGUAGAAUUAGCAGAACUGGAGAACAAAAUCCUGAAAACACUAUGUGAAUCUGAAGCUGACAUUUUAGAAGACGAAAAUUCCAUCAAAAUUCUGGAUCAGUCCAAAGAUCUGGUAAUGAUAGUAAGAGAAAAACAGAAGGAGUCCGAAGAAAUGGAAGAAUUUAUCAACAACUUCAGAAAUCAGUACACCUGUAUACCAAGUUAUGUAGCGAAUUUAUAUUUCUCUAUAGCUAAACUGAGGGAUUUCAAUCAUAUUUACCAGUUCUCGUUGAAAUGGUUCAUGGAAUUGUAUCACAGAUCAAUCCUUCUUUCAGCAAAAUCGAAAAAGAUACUGACAAGAUGUGAGAACAUAUCAAAAACAUUUACAUAUCAUCUGUACAAAAACAUCAGUAACUGUCUGUACGAAAGAGAUAAAUUGACUUUCUUAUUUUGGUUCGCUAUCAGCAUAACCCAGUUCAAAAACUCUAUCAGCUACGAUGAAAUCAACAUGCUACUGAGGGAUGAUUUUUCGAUUGAAAUUAUGACUACUGAGGAAAAAUUGAAUCAACUGAGGAACUUGACUGGAUUCCUAGACCUAAUAGAUAAUUUCGACUUGAACUUGUGGAAAAACUAUAUAGAAUCACCAGGUUUUGAUAAUAUACCACCUCCAUGGCAUACCACUUUAACAAAGUUUCACCAACUCCUCAUCACGAAAUUUUUCAAACCUCAUUGUUUACUGAACCGCAUGAAACAUUUCAUAUCUACAGAACUUGGGGAAGAAUUCAUGAAGCCCCAAUAUUAUGAUAUAUCUGAUACUUACAACGAAUCUUAUAGUUUGUCACCGAUACUAUUUAUCAUGAGCAAAGAAAUCAACCCUCUAGAUAAAAUUCAGUCGUUAGCAAAAAAGAAAAAAGUUCUUCAUACCUUACAAAUACUCUCCUUUGGUCCUGAAAAUAUUUCGGAAGCUUGCGAAAUGAUAGACCACGCUCAGAACUGUGGAUAUUGGAUAUGCCUUCAAAACUGUCAUGUUGUUCCACACUGGUUCGAAAUUCUGGAGAAAAAGCUUGUGGAAUGGAACUUCGAAAACACCCAUGAGAAUUUCAGGCUUUGGCUAAUAUCUGAAGCUACAGAAGCAAUGCCAAUUGAGCUACUUCAAAACAGCAUCAAAGUUGUGUUGGACUAUCCUAGUGAUUUCAAGGAGAACUUGAUGACAGUUUACAAAAACGAUCCUAUUUCUGAGCCUGACUUCCUUGGCAGCUGUGCCGGGAAACAUCCGGUUUUCUCUAGGCUACUGUAUGGCCUUAUUUCCUUUCAUUGCGCGCUGCGAAAAAGAAAUAGCUUUGGUGUUUUUGGUUGGAAAUCGCCAUUUUCUUUUACUGAUCAGGAACUUCUCAUCUCCAUCCACCAGCUCCAAGAUGUUUUGAAUGAAGGAUCUUUCACGAAUGGGAGCAUGCAAAAAUUGGAAUAUAUCAUAGGAAGAUGUCACUAUGGAUCAAAUAUCGAUGAUCCGAUCGAUUUUAGUUGCAUAAUGGUACUUUUGGAACAAUUUCUGAAUUUAGAUGUAGCCAAGAAAGCUGACUACAAAUUCAACAAUUUAGUACGGUAUGGUUUACCAAAAAAAUCUGACUACAAAGAUUACAUCAACUUCAUUUCCAUGUUACCUGGACAAGACGAGCCUGAAAUAUUUGGGAUCUCUGAAAUAACAAACGAUUUUGCUAGUGCUCAAAGAUCCAAGGACAUACUAAGUACUAUACUCAACUUUCAUUCAGUUCAAGAGAAAAAGACAGUCGAGAGUAACGAAUUUUCUCUCAUUUUUUCGAUUGAAGACAUUCUUAAAGAUCUACCAACCUCGUUAGAAAACAAACGAAUUAAGUGCUUCGUUCUUUGUGAAGAAAUAUCAUUGUAUAAUAUAUUACUAAAGAGGAUGAUUGAUACUUUGCACCAUCUUAAACAAUCUGUAGGUGGUACUGUUCUGAUAUCUUCGGAAUACGAAGAAAUGGCUGAAGAUAUAAUACAUAGUAGAGUGCCAAGACUUUGGAAACAAUAUACAUUUCCCAAUAACAAUAGACUCUCAAGUUUCGUUAAAAACCUCAACGAUAGAAUACAAUUCUUUAGGAAUCUCAAAGAAAAUGGUCGACAUUUUUGGUUGGCAGCUUUCUUCAGACCAAAAGCUUUGCUCACUCAAACCAGACUGAAUUUUUUGUCCAAGUCCAAUACAACUCUUGGAACUAGUAGUCUCGAAUAUGUGGUCCCAAGACAUGAAGCGCUAAUAGAGAAUGAUGAGAAGCUUUGGUCGAACGAUCCUUCGAUCCGAGUCGUAUGUUUGGACGAUCUGAAACUUCGGAUUCAAAGGUUCGCACCUCAAUUCAGAGGCUCCUCGCAACAGGAUGCACAAGAAUUUCUUUGUUACCUGCUGGAGGGGCUGCACGAGGACGUCAACAUGGCCGUAGAUGAACCGAACCCGAACCCAAAGCCAGUACUUAUGGAAAUCGACAAAUCAUUCAGUUUUAAUGUCGACGCAAUGGAUUCGUGGUCGAGAUUCUUGAUAAUGAAUAAAUCUAAGUUCGUCGAUAAUUUUGUCGGGCAGUUGAAGUCUACUUUGAGAUGCACCUUCUGUGGAUAUUGUUCGGAGACAUUCGACCCAUUUUGGGAGUUGUCUUUACCGAUACCACAGCGAUCAGGCCAACUCAGCUUGUCACACUGCUUGGACUCGUUUACGAGUGUUGAGAUUUUAGACGGCGAGGAGAAACCAACUUGCUCGAUGUGUAGAGAGAAAAGAAAAUGUUUGAAGUCAUUAUUCAUCAACAAGUUCCCAAAAAUUUUAGUUAUACAUCUGAAACGUUUCUCGCAGACUGUAGAGUUCAGUGACAAACUUAACACAUUUGUCGACUUCCCCUUGAUCGGCUUGGACAUGAGCCCCUAUGCAGCUGAAGAUAUCGUACCAUGUCCUUACAAUCUGUACGCUAUCUCAAACCACAGCGGUACUACCUACAGCGGACACUACACAGCCUACUGCAGACAUCUAUAUACGAAAAUUUGGCACGAAUACAAUGAUUCCCUGGUUUCUUCAAUUUCGUCGAACUCUCUCGUAAGUGGGGAUGCUUAUAUUCUUUUUUGCCAACAAGAGGCUCACUACAAAUUCGAACAACGUGAUGUUGACUCUGUGAAGAGCUACUGCUCCGUAUCUGAUCCCGAUAGCACCCUUCGUACAGUCCACUAUUCCGCUGAUAACCACGACAUGUUCAACACAGUCGUGGAGAAGCAUGAAACUCCAGUUUACCUAGCUCCAGCUGCACACUCUGAGCCAGUAGAUAUUGUAUACUCUGGUCCAGUACUGAAUGUCAGCAGGCGAAGGAAAAACAGCCUGACAAGACCAAGGUUCCUGAAGAUGACUGAAGAAACACCAAGUGCUCCCAGAUACAAGAGGGAUUCAGGAUUUAUUGGCAACAAGUAUUUAUACAACUUCCACAGUGAAGGUUUGACAACAUAUCUCAAGCUGGCUGAAGAAAGACUCAAGAGCUCCCAGAUAUAUGGAGGAUUCUGA